CGGUCAUGCCGCUUAUCGAGUCGCCCAGCCGUGGCUCCAGCGGCAGCUACCACGUCCAGCGGGCGGAGCGGCGCCAGCUGGGCGCGGCUCGCAGUAACGUCUCUGGUGGCGCCACCUCAGAACCCGACUCAGGACAGCGGCGUGUGCACCCUCGCUGGGUAUGUCAGUCCCUGGCAACCGACCGGUCGGCAAGCGUACCCUCUGUCGCGGACGGGUCCACCCCCGGCUCGGACGUGUUUGUCCAGGCCAAGUCUGAGAAGAAAGCAAGGUUCCAGAUGACGCCUCACCCUGUGACGGGCCAGCAUCUGAUCAUGCCACCGGGCAGGAGGCGGAGCGUGAGCAGAACUUCCCGCUCAGCACAGCCUGAGGAGCGAGAGGGCAACCAGUCGCUGGUGUCUGAAAACGCUCGGCAGGCUGAACGCAAUCGCCGCAUCUGCUGCGGCCUGCUCAUCCUGUUGGCCACGCUCGUGCUGGUGGCCAUCUGUGUUGGCGUUCUCGUCACAGAAUUAAAACGAAAAAGCGCGUCUCACCGAACCUCGACGACUGACGCCGAGCACCUGAAAACCGGCGCUGCCAUCAACCCGCCACCUGGCGACACAUCGCCACUGCCAUCUACCGACCAAGUGGUACACUUCCCGCUCCCGUCCGCCGCGACGACCACUGAGAGCCCGGAGACGCACAAAACGACUGCUGACAAGUCACCGAUUGCAACUGGAGGACCGACGACGCACCAAAUGGUUGACGAUGCGUUGAAGGUAGCCACAAGUGGUCGCGAAGCAGUGGCUAACCAGCGCGCGGGCGGCGCGACCUCCGCGACCGCCGGGGGUCCGCUGUACGCGCCCGAGGUGACCACCGGGGGGACCAGCGAGCGGACCACGACUGGCGUCGACCACCGGCCGGUGGGCGGCUGGGUGCCCGGCGACACUGACAUCCCUCUGAUGUCCAGCAGACCGCCCUGGCUACUUCCGCAGGCGACGGCCGACCAGCGGCGGUCUCACUCGCCAGCCGCCAAUGAGAACCGCGAUGCCAUACUAAUAGCCGAUCAAAAACGCGGCGAUGCGCCGUCAACCAGUGGGAAACAUAGCGAUGCAUUUACAGCCAAUCAGAGCCAUGCCCACAACCGCACAGCCAAUCAAACCUUCGACGAUGCCCCGGAAGCCAAUCAGCAACAGCCGCCGAGUAACGCGACGACCAGCCCGGCGGCAGGAGGCACGGAGCGCACGGAGCGGGACACAGAACGGCGCGGGCCUGAGGUCACUCGGCUCCUGGCCGGCCCGGAGCUGUCCCCCAGCAUCGGUCGGCCGGCUACCAUCGAUGGGCCUGUUGCUGUCAAGGACGAUGGGCUGCACCUGCCCGGACUGCCGGUUGCCGCUGUGGCUUACAGCUCGGAGCCCGAUUGGCUGCCGCUGCACUUGCGCCCGCCAGCGCAGAUGUUGGGCGACGUGGUGGCGCCUAAAAGCCGGAGGGGCGCCUCCUGCUUCGGCCCGCGCUCCAUGGUCUGCCCCGGCCAACCGAACCUGUGCGCCGUGCGCUGCGACAGCGUCGUCGAAUGCGCCGACAUUUCGGACGAGCGGAACUGCGCAUGCGCAGACCGGCUGGCGCCCAGUCUGCAGUGCGAUGGUUACUUCGAUUGCCCCGACGAGAGCGACGAGUCUGCAUGCGACGGCUGCGCCGUGGACGAGUUCUCGUGCUCGUCCCAUCCAGAGCUGGGGGGACGCUGCGUGCCACGCCGACUGCGCUGUGACGGCAAGGAGGACUGUACCAACGGCCGAGAUGAGCAGGCCUGCCUCCAUCUCAGCAGUGACGUCACGCCUCGACAGGUGUACCCCCUGGUGGUCAACUACGGAUUCAUGCAUCGUCAAAUAUCCGGCAAAUGGCUUCCUGUAUGCUACAACGGCCAAGACAUGCAGCUCUACGCCAUUGAAGUUUGCGAGCAGAUUGUCGGGAGGUACACCAUCGGCACGGCUUCGUCCGGGCCGCGCACGUACCGGCCGGGCUACGACGGACCGUUCGCCGAGCUGGGCGGGACGUUCUCCGAGGUGGCCGGGUGCCGGACCGGCUCGGCCGUGUUCGUCAAGUGCCCGCCGCCAGAGUGUGGCCACAGCGCGGGGCAGCAGACCUCCGGCAGGUCACGGGAGCCGCGCAGCCAGCCGGAGUGGUUGGCCGCCGCUGAGACCCGUCUGACCGUGGGGCAAGAGCUGACCUUCGACGCGGCCGACUUCGACCUGCAGACUCCGCCGCCGCCGCCGAGGCUGCCGCCGCCGCCCGCGGACAUACCGGAGGACGUGGAGGUGUUCCAGCCGGUCGUGAGGCGGGGGCACCGCGGCGAGCGGCCGCCGGGGCCGGCGGCACGCGACCACGACGGUCGGAUCGUGGGCGGCGCUCGCAGCGCGCCCGGCCGCUGGCCCUGGCUGGUGGCCAUCUACAGGGACGGCGUGUUCAGCUGCGGCGGCAGCGUGCUCACCGCCCGCUGGGUGUUGUCGGCCGCCCACUGCUUCCAGAGGUUCGAGAGAUACCGGUACGAGAUUCAGGCUGGCAUGCUUCGCAGGCAGAGCUUCGCUCCAUACGAACAGUCUCGCUUCGCAAGUCACAUCAUCAUCCAUCCGGACUACAACAGGCGGAUCUACUCGAACGACCUAGCGUUGGUGCGGCUGUCGCGGCCGCUGGCGCUGACCCAGUGGAGCGCGCCCGCCUGCCUGCCCGAGGCCACCGACGUCCUGGCGCCGGGCACGCGCUGCACGGUGGUCGGCUGGGGCCAAGUCGAUCAGGGCGGCCCCGAGGUCGAUGACAUGAUGGAGGUGGAGCUGCCGGUGCUGUCCUACUGCCCCGAACGCUACGACAACAUCACCAUCGAGAUCUGCGCCGGGCCCCUGGAGGGCGGCAAGGACUCCUGUCAGGGCGACAGCGGCGGGCCCCUGCUCUGCAGGUCGGCAGACGGCCGGUGGAAGCAGCACGGCAUCGUGUCCCACGGGCGCGGCUGCGCGCUGCGUAACUCCCCGGGCGUGUACACGCGGGUCUCCUACUUUCGGCACUGGAUCGACCGGUUCACAGCCGUGGACACUGCCGGCGCCGACCGGUUUCCGAAGCAGCGCUGCCCGACGCGACUGUGCCACCUGAGAGGCGGCAUGUGCCUGACCGAGUCCCAGUUGUGCAACCAGCAAGUGGACUGCCUGGGCGCCGAGGAUGAAAGAUUCUGCGGACCAGGCGGCGAGGAGAUCUUGCCCGUGUCGACGCCGGCCAGCCCGCCCGUGUCCAACGCCACUAUAUCCUCGGCCACCGCAGACGGCGCCGAUGAGGUUUUCGGCCCGCCGGACGUGCCGACUCCCCGGCCGACAUCCGCGGCCGGCGCAACACCCCCCGCUGUCUCCAACGGCUCGGCGGCAGCCCUAUGUGCGGACGACGAGUUUAAAUGUAUCAGCCUGCCCCACUGUGUGCCGGAAUCCCAGCGCUGCGACCUGCGCCCGCAAUGCGGCGACUUCUCGGACGAAGCCUCCUGCACCCCGCUCGACUACCUGGUCCGACAUGAGCAGGACCGGCUGUGUGACCAUGAGGUGGACCUGGCAGACACGUCCGACGAAGAGUUCUGCUGUCCCCGGAACCCGGACGACUAUUACUGCCGGCACAGCCAGCGGACGAUUCCCAGGCGCUGGUGCUGUGAUCGCGACAUCGACUGUGAAUAUGGCGAGGACGAGGCGGACUGCGUUGCCCUGGUUGGCAGCGACACGGACACGAUCGAGCUGGACAGGAUGGGCCGGCCGCUGAACCGACUGCGCGGGCUGGUGGCCAUCAAAUCAGACUUCCACUCGGGCGCCGCGUGGUCCCCAAUCUGCGCCGAUCCUGACAGCUGGAUGAGCAAAUACUCUGACAUCCUCUGCAACUACCUGCACCAGGGGGUGGUGCUGAACGAGCGCUUCGUCUCCGCCGAUGACGGGGACCGUACGCCCGUGUACCCGCUCGGGGAGGAGCUGUACACCUGCGAGGAGCUCCAGGACGAUGGACGGGUGGCGCCCGGCAUGACCGUCAAGGAGCAUCUGAUGCCGCGCACGCUUGACCACCCGUUGGUCCACCUCAACCACUUGCUAAACGGCCAAAAGGCGUCGGUGGUGCCAUACUCCCUGGCCGGGCGCCAGCGGUGUAGCACGCUCUCGCCCGGCGUCGGUGGUGCCACACUCCCUGGCCAGGCGUCGAUGGUGCCCCACUCCCCGGCCAGGCGCUCCGGGGUAUGGCCCAUGUACGUCACCGUAUACGUGGACGGUGCCGUGGUGACCGGAGCGACUCUCAUCAGCCCCAGCUGGGUGAUGACGUCAUCCGAGGCGGUUGACCUUAUCAGCCCCUCGUCCGACUACGUCGCCGUGCGGGCGGGCGAGCACCGGCGGCAGCUGUUCGCCACGCCCGCCCACCAGACGGUGCGCGUCGACUUCCGCUCCCGCGACGGGCGACCGACCAUAGCCCCUGCGCUGCUCUCCUCCUACACCCUGAGGGCGAAGUGUCGUGUGACUGCCGGCAGGAGCUCUGCUCUGAGGCACGUGGACUACUGCUUCGCUGUCGGCUGGGGUGGUGGCGCAGUGCAGGGUGUGAAGCUCCGCCUCGACCCCGUGUGCCCCGAGGAUAUGGUCUGCACCCUGCCGGCGCCCACAGCACGCUGCCAGAGUGCCGGCGACUGGUCGGGAGCGUUGCUGUGCCGGGGGGUCGACUUGCUCUGGCGGGCGGCUGCCGUGUUCCGCGAGCACGGUCCGCACUGCUUCGGCCGGAAGCGCCGGUGGCGCCGCCUGUCGGCCACUCACCUGCGCCGGCGGCUCGACUGCCUCAACAUCUCGCUGACGGCGCCGCCGGAGCUGGGCCAGCUGUUCCGGGAUGAGCUGCUGGACAGCUGUACCCCAUCAGUGGCGAUCGCCGAACCUCCGUGCUCGGGUCACCGGUGCACCUUGGGGCAGUGCAUCCACCCAACCAAGGUGUGUAACGGCGCGCCCGACUGCGACGAUGGCUCGGACGAGGUGGACUGUGAUUUCAACGUCACAUCUUGCAUCACUCCCAGCGGCCAGUGUGACUGCGCGGAUGGCCAGAUCAUGUGCGCGGAGAGCGGCACCUGCCGACCUUACCGCGCCUACUGCGACGGCCGCGCCGGCUGCCUCAACGGCGCCGAUGAGCCCGACAUCUGCACCUGCCGCGGCUUCCUCCGGCUGGCGGCGCCGGAGCUCAUCUGCGACCAGAAUGUCGACUGCAUAACGGGCGAUGACGAGUUUGGCUGCAGAUACGAAACGGACAGAUUCCGCUGCUACCGGAACCCCGAAGUCAGCCUGAUCCCGCGCUCGGAGGUGUGUGACGUCAGCUACCAGUGCGCCGGCGGAGAGGACGAGGAGCACUGCGUAUGCCUGCUGAUACAGCUGCCCGCCAGCGUGCCCGAUCACCAGGGCAGGCCGAGCUUCAACGUCAGCGAGACCCUGCUGGGGUCUCCUCGCUGCGACUCCGAGGGUUUCCUGGUGGUGCGUAUGCACGGCCGCUGGAUGGCCGUCCCGGAGCGGGUGUGGAGAGAGGAGCGCUCGCGCCAGGUCUGCGCCAAGCUCGGCUAUCGCCAGGUGGAGUUCACAGAUAUGCGAGAAAUCCCAGGCAGUGAAAAGUCGGCGGUUUACAUAUCGUGCGAGUAAUGUAUCGCGGGCGAAAAUUGCGCUGCGCAUCGAC